AUGAUGGAGUCCUUAACGGGUUCAUCCCUCGGUGGAAACGGAGCUCUAGCCCCAGGUUUUAGGUUUCACCCGACGGACGAGGAACUUGUGGUGUAUUAUCUCAAGAGAAAGAUUCGUCGGAAAAAACUCAGAGUCGCUGCCAUCGGCGAGACUGAUGUCUACAAGUUCGAUCCCGAGGAGUUACCCGGGAAGGCCUUGUACAAGACAAGGGAUCGUCAAUGGUUUUUCUUCAGCCCGAGGGACAGGAAACACGGAGGAAGGUCGAGCAGAGCCACCGGUAAUGGAUACUGGAAAGCGACGGGGAAAGACAGAGUGGUGAAAUGCAAUUCACGUCCCGUCGGAGAGAAGAAGACGCUCGUUUUCCACAGAGGCAGGGCGCCAAACGGCGAGAGGACCAACUGGGUCAUGCACGAGUACACACUGCACCAAGAGGAGCUCAAGAGGUGCGGAGACGUCAAGGAAAACUACGUGCUUUACAAGAUUUACAAGAAGAGCGGGUCUGGUCCCAAGAACGGCGAGCAGUAUGGAGCUCCUUUUAUAGAAGAAGAGUGGCUUGAUGCUGAUGAGGAUGCUGAUGAUGUCGAUGACAAUGCUGGUGUUGUCGAUGUUCCUGAGAACCAGCAAAUUGUAUGGGCCAAUGGUCUUAACCAGACUGAGCUGAAUGAUAACGAUAUUGAGGAGCUGAUGAAACAGGUCAGAGAGGAGCCUGGGCAUGUGAGAUCGUCGUUGGCUCCAACUCUGCAGUCUCGUGUGGAAACGUAUGAUCCAGUGACGGUGGCGAAAGAUGCCUACUUGGAAAUCGAUGAUCUUUUGUUCUCUGAGCCGGAACCAACUUCUACUGAAGGGAAUGAUGAUGAUUUCUUUGACAUCGAUUCAUAUUUCCAAGAUUUGGAUGGCGUAACCACUCAGCCAGAGCCUGUCGGUGUUGUUGGUUUGAAAAAUGGGUUUGAGCAAGGUCUUCAGGUGAGUACUACUUACUCGGUGACUGACCAGGCCAGUGAUAACCAUUUCCAGGAGCAAACAUGGAAUAACCAAGGUGGUAGCAACUGGCCACUCCGUAACAGCUAUACGAGAAAGAUAAGCAAUGGAUCGUGGACUCAUGAGCUAGACAACGAUGCUGUUACCACUACAGGUGAUGUAUCUGAAUUUAUAAACCCUGUUACUUCUGGUGUAAGUAUAACCAAGGAAGAAGAAGCGACAAAAGGCGAGUCAAGUCAGUUUGCUUCUAGUCUAUGGACUUUCCUGGAGUCGAUUCCUGCGAAUCCAGCAUAUGCUUCAGAGAAUCCGUUUGUUAACUUGAACCUAGUCAGAAUGUCAAGCCGUGGUGGUCGUUACAGGUUUACUUCUAAAAGCACUGUAGCGGUGACCAACGAUUCAGCAGCCAAGAGGAAUACGUCUGCGGGAAAGAAGAGCAACCACAAGGGUUUCUUCUGCUUAUCGAUCAUUGGUGCUAUGUGUGCUUUGUUCUGGGUGAUGGUAGGAACAAUGGGAGCUUCAGGAAGAUCUUUGUUGUGGUGA